AUGCAACCAUCAAAUCAAACAGCCGCUGCUGCCGCCGCCGCUGCAGCAGCAGCAGCCAAGAAAAAGAAGAAAAAGGGAAAGGCAAAAAAGACCGAUGAUGCUCUCGACGCUCUCGGUAUGCCACCACCUUCCUCGAAUCAUACAUUCUCCGCUACCGCUCAAGCACAAGCCGAUUUGAUUGCGACUGCAAGUGACCUUUACCGAAGAAUUGAAGCAGAUCCACAAGGAAUACCUGAUGAUGAAGCAUACUGGACAUCUCUUCCGGCUCAUCUCAGAACGUUCAUUCGAAAUGCUUUGCCUAUCGGUCAAUUGCCAACAGCUGCGUCAGGAAACAUGAAUGACCCCAACGCUCGUCAAGCAUCUACACAAGCAAUGAUUGCAGUGGCGCAACAAUUGGCACAAGCAGCGCAUGCAUCGCAAAGGCAACUUCAACAGCAUUCGCCUUCAUCAAAUAACCAUGGAGCAGUGAAUGCAAACGCUUACCCGCCUUUCCCGUUCGACCCAUCAAUCUUUGCCGAUUUGGCACUUCAUUCCGAUUCACCUCUUCCCCUUCAUCCGCAUCCCAACUCGAACCCAAAUCCAUUGAACGGCAAUGCUUACGGAUAUUCACAUCAUGGUAAUCCGCCACCUACUCAACCUCCUGGUGAGCCUUUACCGGCUCCUGCCGCUCCUGUUGUGUUGGUGAACGAGUACGAUGACGGCGAUUUUGAUGAAGACUAUUAUUCGGAAGAAGAGUUGGAUGCGCACGAUUACGAUCAUCCCCAUCAUUCGCACAAUCAUGCAUCGAUCAAUACUAUGGAUCCCAGAGAUGCACAUCUGCAAGCAGAGAUGAACGGAUCGCAUCCGAACAACAAUUAUGUCGAAUCUGUUCCUUCUUCGAAAAAGAAUAAGAAGAAAAAGAAGAAGAAGUCUGGAGCAACAGCUACGACAAACGUCUCUUCUCCUCUGCAAAAUGAUGCGCCAGCACUGGUAACCCGACCGCCUCCUUCCAAUCCAUCACCACUACCUCGAAUGCCCAACACUCCAAUGCCAGCGCCAACGCAGAAUUAUCCGUCCAAUAAUACAACGGCAAAUCAAACGGCAGCACGACAGGCGGCAGCAGCUGCUGCAGUCAAUCAAGCACCUCCUCCGCCAAGCUCUCGAGCUGCAGGCAAGCAACCGAUGACGUUCAAUGCAUCAGCCGGAAAAGCACCUGCCAAUACAGCAAGACCGGCAACGAACGGUGUUGGACAUGGGGUUGGAAAGCGUGCUGCAUCAGCUGCAACUAGCUCUCAUGGACACGGAUCGGUGAAUGGCCAACACGCUGUGGAUGGCCGUUCGUGGAGUUCGAGUAAUGCAGAGGAAAGGGAGAGGAUUAAAGGGUACUGGUUGAGAUUAAGCGAGAAAGAUCGUAGAAGUUUGAUUCGAGAAGAAAAGGAUGCUGUUUUACGAAGGACAAGAGAACAACAAAGGCACGGCUGUCAUUGUGCAAUCUGUCAACGUAAGAGACAUUCGAUCGAGGAAGAGUUAGAUGCGCUUUAUGAUGCUUAUUAUCAUGAAUUGGAUGCAUAUGCAAGUCAUUUGAAGAAACAUACAGAAUCAAAUGGUCAAAUUCCACCUCCGCCUGGUCCUGGUCCGUUCCCGGGAAGUAUCGCUUUAGACAAUCAAGGAGCGGUGAUCGGCGGAAAUAAUUUGACAAAGGCCAGCGCAAAACGCGGAAACUUGCAACCUCCUGUUACUAAGCGAAAUCCUCUACCUCCGGAAGAUGACGAUGGUUAUGAUGAUGAAGAGUUGGAUGACGACGAAUACGAUGAUGAGUAUGAGUACGAAGAUGAAGAGGAUGAGGAAGAUGAGUUGGAUGAUCCCGAUUUGAGCAAGACCGGUCGCCGUCGCACUGAUCGACCCAAUGCUCGACAAUCUGGAGACUUUUUCAGCUUUGGUUCUUCACUUACUGUCAAAGGUAUUCUCACUGUUGCCGAUGAUCUUCUACGCAACGACGGCCGUAAGUUCCUCGAGAUGAUGGAGCAAUUGGCUGAUCGAAGAGCCCAUGCAUCAAAUCAUCCGGAUGAUCGUAGCGAUGAUGCUGUCGGCGGUGAUACUGACGUUGAUGGCGAAGAGGAAGAUGAUUUGGACGAUGAUCCUUUAACAGACGAACAAAGGAUGGAAGAAGGUAGAAGGAUGUUCCAAAUCUUUGCUGCUAGAAUGUUUGAACAACGUGUUUUGCAGGCAUACCUCGAACGUGUUGCACAAGAACGUCAAUUGCAACUUUUGCGAGAGCUAGAAGAAGAAGAUCAAGCUGAAAAAGAUAAAGAAGCAAAGAAGGCCAAAGAGAAUCAAAAGAAGAAAGAUAAGAAAAAGCAGGCCAAACAACAAAAGGAAGAAGAACGAUUACGAAUUGAGAAAGAGAAAGCAGCAGAAGAAGCGGCUGUGCGUGAAAAGCAAGAGAAACAACGUGAAGUCGAAUUGAAGAAACAAGAAGAAAUUCGACAAAAGCGUGAAGCUGAACGUAAAGCAAAGGAGGAAGAACGCUUGCGUAAGGAAGACGAAAAGCGAAAGCGACAGGAGGAAGAAAAGGCCAAGGAGCUGGAGAAGGAGCGUAAGAAACGUGAGAAGGAAGAGAGAAUUCGUGCUGAACGUGAGGCCAAAGAGCGUGAACAGCAAAAAGCAAAGGAGCAAGCUGAAGCUGCUGUUCGCCAAAAGAAAGAGACAGAGGAGCGUGAAAAGAAAGCAGCAGCUGCUGCAGCUGAAGAGAAGCGAGCAGCACAACAAGCCGCUCAAUCUCCAAGUCGUGCAUCACCAGGAUCUGCUUCAAUCCCUGUCUCCCCUUCUAGCGUUAAAGGACAUGCCGUACCAAGAGCACCUGCAACUGUUCAGCAAAGUGGUACGUCGCCUGUUACACAACAAAGGUCAAGAGUUGCAUCUUCUGCUUCAUCUGGUCAGAAUGCUCUUGCCAAUGGACGAAUUGCGAGUAACGCUGUUCCUUCGAAUGCAAGAGUGCCCAGUGGGGCUGCUGCUGUUGCUUUACCUUCACAAUCGAAUGGCGUAUCUGGCAGCUCAAAUCCUUCUUCGCUUCCGGCACCACCACAAGGACUACCUCCACGUCCCACUACGAGCGUUGUUUCACAGCCAUCUACGUUACCUGCUUCGUUGCCACGCCCGCCCGUUCAACCACCUGUUCAACAGCAAGCUCAACCCGUGCAAGGAAGUAGCAGUACGGCUAGCAAUGCGGCUCAAACUAAAUUGGGAGCAGCACCUUCAUCCAGUAAUGGCACGGCUACGUCUGCAUCCUCGGUGAUUACGAGUGGAAGCUCCAUGUCGUCCGCGACGCCUUCUCCGGGAAUGACAUCAUCUGUAGCUGUACCGCAACAGAGCGUGCAAGGAAAUCAUGUUCCCACUUCACCGCCCACUACAUUGCAAACAUCGCAACCGGUGCCAUCACAACAAAGCACAGGUUCCCGUUUUGGUGCGUCCUUUGGAGCUCCUGGUAUCCGUUCGCCACCUGUGCUAUCGAAUGGCAAUGGUUAUAUGCCUACGUUUGGUAACAAGCACGUUGAUUUGGGAUCGCCAACGAACAUGAAUGCUGCUGCAUCGGCCAUUGGAUCGCUCAACCUUGGUCCUUCUCCACCAACAUCUUCCAAUGCGAUUUAUCAACAGCAACAGCAAGCACUUCCUCAGCAACAUCAACCAAUCGGUCCGAUCGGAGGUGUUUUGGGCAAUAGCUCAAACCAUUCCCGUGCUGCAUCGCAAGAUGAUUAUGGUAAGAUGCCCAUCAAUCAGGUAGGAUCAGCAUCAAACAUUCAUCGACCCAUUUCGCGACCUGCUCCAGGACCAAUUGGACCUAUCGGUAGACCUCGUGAUGUGCUUCAUGAAGAGUCGACAAGUGGAAGUUCGAUGUUGCCAGAAGGUAUCUUAGGAAGUUCUGCGUUGGGAGCUGAUGAUGAAUUGGUUGAGCCACAACCUAGACGUAUCAGUCAUAACGCGCCCGUCACUGCAUCCCCUGGAGGUUCAUUCUUUGGCGGUGUUGGCUCUGCUGCUGGUGGCAGUGCAAUUGGUUCAAGGAAUGCGUAUGGCUCGAUCAAUAGUCCUUGGGCUUCUUCCUUUGGACCUGUUGCUGGUGGCGGUAGUGGAAGUGGCAGCAUUGGAGCGCCCGGUUCAUCAGCAAUCGGUGGCGGUAGACUUCCUUCAGGUUCGAUUUCUGGUUCUGCCGGUCUUGGUGGAAUGACAAGUCCAAUUAACUUAACAUCUCCAACGGGACCGAAUGGAAAUUCUGGCAUGUCAGCAUUUGGUUCCGCUAUCGGUGGAAUGCAUGGUGGCAGUGGAAGUGCAGGCAAUAAUGCGCCAGGUUCGAAUGCAUCAGGUAUUGACCCAUGGUCGCGUGGUCCUUCAAAUGUGAAUGCAGGAUGGGAUCGUGCCAGAUAUGCGUUUGAGCAACCUUCUACUCCGAUCGGUCAACAUGCUCCUCAAUUGGGAAUGCCGCAACAUCAUCAACAGCAACAUCCCCAACAACAUGGAAUGAAUCUGUCUUCGCUUUCUCACCAACAGUCCAUUCUUGGUGGAAUGAAUGCAAGUGGUCCUAUGAGUCCUUUUGGAGGUCAUAACGCUCAUGCACAGCAAUUGCCUCUUCGAAGCGGUAUGUUUGGCGCACCUGGAUCUGCUUUACCACACGGUGGCGAUCGCAAUGGUUUGUAA